AUGACACUUGACAAUGGAAAAUUUGGAGAAAAUCUUCUUUGUCCACAAGAUCAUUGUAAACAAGCUUUACUUCCAACAGAAAUAAAACAAACUAUUCAAAAUGAAAAAUUAUAUGAAAGAUAUGAACGAUUAACAUUGCAACAUGGACUUGAAUCAAUGAAGGAUAUUGUUUGGUGUCCAAGAUGUCAAUCACCUAUUAUUAGUAGUCCAGAAGAUGAUAAUCUAGCUAUAUGUGAUCAAUGUCAUUAUACGUUUUGUAAAAAAUGUUAUGAAACAUAUCAUUUUCAAACAAUAUGUCCUAAAGAUUAUUUAAUUGAACAAAUGAAAUUACUAAAACUAAAAGAACUUAAACAACUACAAAAAGAAAAAGAAGCUACAUUAGCUAAAUUAAAUAAAACAAAAGAACAGAAAAAAACUUGGAAUGAACAAAUUCCUACACAAAGAUAUCGUCAUAUUUUUAUUAAGCUCUCUGAACAAAAUACUUUAUUACAAGAAAUAUUAACUGCUGAACGAAUCAAUGUAGAUGAUAUUCAAUUUUGUCCUGAAUGCCAUGUAGCAAUCGAAAAGAAUGGUGGUUGUUCACAUAUGCGAUGUACACGAUGUAAUUUCGAUUUUACAUGGCAAACAAAACAAGAACCAACACAAACAGCUAUUACUCCAUAUUUGGAACAUAAUGAUUCCACAAAAAUUGAAUCUAUAAAGGAAGAACUCAACAAAGUAGCAUACUUAGUCGAUACUCCUGUACAAGAAAAACUAAAACAACAUGAAGAUAUACCUUCUGAUCAAGAACAUGAACAAGAACAACAGAAAAAUGACGAAGACUUGAGCAUUUUAAUUGAUGAUGAAUCAACUAUUGGUUCAGUUAUACUCAACCGAGUGAUAACAUGUCCUAAUGAAGCAUGUAGAAAGAUUAAUGUAAAGAUUACUCAAGAUAAUUGGAUGGUAUGCAGUGCAUAAGGAUUGACCGCAAAAUUACCAUUGAGUAUCGAUGCCAAUUCUCCACAAAUACUCAUUGAAAAUUUCAAUUGGAUAUUCGAACUAUAUCAAUCUGUACUUAUUACAGGUCCAUCCGGUUGUGGAAAAUCAACUCUACUUCGAAUACUUGCCGGGAUUUGGCCGUACGGUCAUGGAACAAUCACUAAGCCCCUGAGCGACACUAUCGAAUUUAUUCCUCAGAAGCCUUAUUGUCCACUUGGAACUCUUCGUCAUUGUUUUACUUAUCCAUCGACGACGCUGCGACCAUCAAAGGACGAUGCAAAUAUCGAGCGGAUAUUGCGUCUUUGUCAACUCGAAUCGUUAGCAAACCGCCUAGAAGAUAUUGAAGAUUGGUCUCUUAUAUUGUCAUCGGGCGAACAGCAGAAAAUGAUUUUCGUUCGAAUUCUUCUUCAUCAACCGAAAUGGAUCUUUUUAGAUGAAGUAACAUCAUCGUUAGAUGAACGAUCUGAAACACAUUUAUAUUCGACUUUACUUCAAGAACUCGGUUCGCAUUCAACCAUUAUUAGUGUUGGACAUCGAAAAAAUCUGCAACAAUUUCAUCGAAUUAAAUUGGAAUAUACUAACGG